GUGACGGCCUUCCCAUUCCCUGCCCGUCCGAUCUCCUCCCCUCGCGGCGUCAUCCCCUCAUCAGCACCGUCCAUUCGCCCGCUUGCCCCCCUCUCAGUCCCCACCCAGCGUCUUCAUCGUCUCCGCCCGCCGCCGUCGCCUCUUCUUCCCCCACUCCGGCAGGAAAGAAGAAGGGGGAGAGCGCGAGGAGAUGCAGCCCAAGAUCAACACGUUCUUCAAGCGCCAGGUCACGGGGCCGGAUCCGAGCAGGUUCUUCUUCCCUUUCCCCGCUUGAAGCCGAUCACUGCUCGCACCAAACCUCGCCGGUUCCGAGCCUACCCUUACAACUGAUGCAGAAUUAUCCUCCGACGCGAAAUCUUGACCUGUGUUCGUUCUCAUUUCCUUCCAAGUGGACGGCCGUUCGAUGCUUCCAAAAUCUUGCAACGAGGCGACGGAGGCGAAGAGGCCCAAGAGCUGCGGGGACGGCAAGGUCCUCAACAAGAAGAGGAACUACGGGCAGUUCCACCUGGAGCUGGGGCAACCUGAUUUCCUCCUCCACAUGUGCGCGGUCUGCGGCAUGAUGUACGCCCGCGGCAACGACGAUGACGAGAAGGUUCACAGGGCCUACCACAAGAGCUACUUCGAGGGCGUCCCGUUCAAGGGUUGGCGCGAGGAAACCGUGGUUAUGAGGUCCGAGGGCGGUGACCGGAUAAUUCUAGCAAGAGGUGAAAAUUCUUGUAUACGGAACAGCAAGUUUCAGGAGGUGAUCAAAGUGGUGGAAAAGGAGCUGGGGUUUGGUGAAGGCCAGCUCCUUCAUAAGCUCUGCAAGGUCUAUCUGUUUGUAUCUGGUGGGAGGAUAGUGGGAUGUCUAGUUGCCGAACCGAUAAAAGCAGCACACAAAGUUAUUCCAAGCUCUGCAUCGGAAAACCGAAGCAAUUUGCCGGACAAUAAAACUGAAUCAGCACAGGCAAACCAUACAUUAAAGUUUGGGAAAAUAAGUUUCAAGAGGGAAGUCCUACGACGGCAUAAUCACCCCGACAAGAACAAAGAAGUGUGCCAGGGCCCUGGCGCCAUAGUCUGCGAAGAAGAAGCUGUUCCCGCCCUCUGUGGAUUCCGGGCCAUCUGGGUGGUGCCAUCGUGCAGAAGAAAGGGAAUAGCAUCACAGCUAGUGGAUGCUGCACGGAAGAGCUUCUGCGAAGAUGGCGCAUUGGGGAUAUCACAAUGCGCUUUCACGCCACCAACCUCUGACGGGAAAGAGCUAGCGUCAAGCUGCUACAAGACCAGUGCAUUCUUAGUCUACAGGAAUGGAGAUGUAUAGAGAGGUCCUCCCAAAAUUGGAAAGCAAGUGUUAAACAGCUGCAAAAGUCAGUCAUGUUGAGUACUUGACACAUAAACAGGGCACAUUCUGCUCUUAUAGUGCCGAGGUCGUCAUGUUUUCUUCCGUCGGCAAAGAUAGCCGAAUGCUGUUACAAGCUACUGUAUUUCAUUAUCAGUUUGUCAAUAUAGCGAGGCCUGACAUGUUUAGACAA